AUGUCUCAUCCAGCUCGCACCAAGAUAUGUGUGUACUGCGGAGCAGGCACUGGUGCCAGUCCCGCUCAUAUGGAAGCUGCUCGGACGCUUGCACGUGUAAUGGCUGCCUAUAAUAUUGACCUUGUCUAUGGCGGUGGAACUGUCGGUCUCAUGGGAGAGAUUGCCAAGACUUUGGUCUCAAUCAAUGGUCCUCAAUCUGUUCAUGGCAUUAUUCCCGAAGCCCUCGUCAAGCACGAACGGGCCGGCUCGCGCCAAGCCCAGAAUAUUCCUGAUGAAGCAAUUUUUGGUCGAACAACUCUCGUCAAAGACAUGCACACGCGAAAGAAGCUCAUGGCAGAAGAAGUCUUUGCAGGUGGCCCGGGUAGCGGAUUUAUAGGUCUCAGUGGAGGAUUUGGAACCAUGGAAGAGAUCUUUGAGACGACGACAUGGAUUCAAUUGGGCAUUCAUAGUCGUGGCAUUGUACUUCUCAAUGUCAAUGGCUACUGGAAUGGCAUUAUUGACUGGCUGGAUAAGGCUGUCGAACAAGGCUUUGUCAGGCCCGGGAAUAAGGGACUUCUCGCGGUAGCUGAGACAGCUGAAGGGGCUAUCAAUGAAUUGCGACAGUACAAGGUAUCGAGCUCGAUCUACCAGCUUCAGUGGGGAACUCAAUAG